UUUAAAUCCUGAAAACCGUGUUCCGAACCGUGUGUCGACUCUUAAAGUCCAGCUUCUUCUUCUUCUUCUUCUUCUUCAGUUAUUGUGCAUCUUCUCCGAAGUCAUUGGAUCAUUUCAGUUUGUGUCGUUUCAACUGAUUCUAUCCAUUUCAUUUUCAAUCUCAAAACCAGCAACAAAAAAACCAAAUCAAACAACUCAACUGUGAUCAUCACCAUUAGAAAGAUGUCGUCCAAGGAAAAAGAAACGAAGAGUAGUUAUAAGAUGUUUAAGAUUUUCAAAAGGAACUUUAGAUUAAAUGAAGCAGAACCGCCAUUAGAUGUUAAAGAAGCAUUUUCAAAAUACUCAGAUGGUAACAAUCUAAUGACAUCCGAUCAAUUAUUGAACUUCUUAAUAAGUUUUCAAGGAGAAUCUGAUGCUAAGAUUGAAGAUGCGGAUAAGAUUGUAUCAAAUAUUCUUCAAGCAAGACAUCACAUUGCUCAGUUUACUAGAAGUAAUACUCUUACUCUUGAUGAUUUUCAUCAUUAUCUCUUUGAUGGUGAACUUAAUUUUCCCAUCAACCCACAGGUAUAUCAUGAUAUGACUGCUCCAUUGUCUCAUUACUUCAUAUAUACAGGGCAUAAUUCAUAUUUAACUGGGAAUCAACUUAAUAGUGAAAGUAGUUGUGUGCCAAUUAUAAAUGCAUUAAAGAAUGGUGUAAGAGUGAUUGAACUGGAUAUAUGGCCUAAUUCUGCAGGAGAUAACAUCAAGGUCUAUCAUGGAAGGACUCUGACUUCUCCAGUAAAAUUCAUCGAUUGCUUGAAGUCCAUUAGGGAGCACGCCUUUGUUGCGUCAGAAUACCCUUUAGUGGUAACUUUGGAAGAUCACCUUACUCCAGAACUUCAGGCUAAAGCUGCCGAGAUGAUCACUCAAACUCUCAAGGACUUGCUUUUUACAUCAUUAGAAUGCUUAGAGGAAUUCCCAUCGCCCGAAGAAUUGAAGGGUAAAAUCCUUCUUUCCACCAAACCACCAAAAGAGUAUCUGUACAGUAAGGGUUUUGACGAGGAAAAGAAGGAUUCAUGUGAGAAAGAAGCACCGUGCGAGGAAGUCGUUGAAGAUAAAAAUGACAUAGAUGCUGAAGACAGUGAUCAGUGUGAAGACAGCAGUGGUGAAAGUGAAGAUACUGAUAAUUCUGAAGAUAAAUCAUGUCCAUUAGGAGUUCAAAAAUACAAGAGUCUUAUUGCAAUUCAUGCUAAGAAACACAAGGGUGGGUUAACCAAGUCUCUCAAGCUGGAUCCUGGUAAAGUUGAACGCCUUAGUUUGAGUGAACAACAGCUUGAAAAGGGAGCCGAGAAUCAUGGAACCGAACUUGUCAGGUUCACACAGAGGAAUCUGCUGCGUAUAUUUCCAAAAGGAACACGGUUUAAUUCAUCAAAUUAUAACCCACUGAUUGGGUGGAUGCACGGCGCUCAAAUGGUAGCAUUUAAUAUGCAGGGAUAUGGCAAACAACUGUGGAUAAUGCAGGGACUGUUCAGAUCCAACGGAGGGUGUGGUUAUGUGAAAAAACCUGACCUUUUAAUGAGAACGGAUGAAGGGAAUAAGGUUUUUAAUCCUAAGGAAAAGUUGCCAGUGAAGACAUGCUUAAAAGUGAGAGUGUACAUGGGUGAUGGAUGGCGUUUGGAUUUCAAGCCAACACAUUUCGAUACAUACUCUCCACCAGACUUCUAUGUGAAGGUGCAUAUAGUAGGAGUUCCAGCAGAUGCUAAAAGAAGGAAAACAAAAUUUUUAGAAGAUACUUGGACACCAGUUUGGAACCAAGAAUUUUUAUUUCCAUUGAGAGUUCCAGAUUUAGCAAUACUUCGUCUUGAAGUGCGCGAUUAUGAUAAGGGCGAAAAGGAUGACUUCGCUGGCCAGAGUUGUUUUCCUGUCCGGGAAUUAAGACCUGGUAUUCGAACAGUUCCUCUCUAUGACCGAGACGGCAAAAAAUUCAAUUCCACAAAACUUCUUAUGCGGUUUGAGUUUGUUUAGGCAUGUUAUAUCUUCUCAAAGUUAUGUCAUUGAAUUAUAUCAUGCUGUAAUUGUACUUGUAAUGUACUUAGCUCUUGUAAUCCAAUGAAUAAAUCUGUAACAAACCGGAUUGUUAUAGAGAAAGCAGAUGUUUUCUUGUCGAUAUAAUUUUAAACCGGAAACAAGUGAGCUGCA